CACUGCGAGGUGAAGCUUUAAACUUCAGACUUGGAGGUGGGCUGCGUGCAGUAAACUAGAAUGCUCUCGCGCGCGGUCCUCAGCGCUGGAGUGAUCCGCAGCCGCACGGGCUCAGGCUGCAGCUGAUGGUGGCUUUAUGUGCACUGGACGCCGCGCUCUGGAGGCGGGGGAGGGUUUUCAGUCCAACUCACAGGCAAUGGAAUUGCAGCUACAGCAGCAGCGUAUAAAGGAUUGCUUUUUCUUCGUCUUCCUGGAGAUGCUCAGUCCUGGCAUAUUUUAAGGAAGAGAAAUAUAAAGGAAAUUUAGCUGCUUCCUUUUCUUUCCAUGAAGAGUGUUUGGACUGUUUCUUUUACUUCAUAAAAGAGAGUACCUGCUCUUGUGUAACACGACAGAAACAGAAAUUUCAAGAAAGCAGCAAGAAGCAAAAGCUGGAAAUAGCUAUUUCACAGCAGGUAAUCAUACCUCAGGAUGUAGUCAUUGUACAAAGUUUAUACUCGGAUAAUCCUGGCUGGGAAUAAAGGUAGGGAGUAACUGCCAGGAAAACCCAUUACUACACAGGCCUUAGCAUCAUGAAUGGCUUUCUUCAUGAGAAUCUGAAGUGACUAUCUCUGACCACAUUGCACAGAAGAGCCAAUAAGAAUUUCAAAAAGGGUAAUUUCCUGUAAGAGAAUUAAGACACAGAAGGAACCUUCAUACAGAAACUCUUAUCAGAAAGGAAAAAAAAAAAAAAAAAAAAAAAAAAAAAAAAGAAAAAGUCAUGUAUCCUACAUAGUAACGGGAAGCUGGAUUGUUUCUGGCCCCCAUUUUACUGAGCUUGCCCACCAUGCUGAACCACAGCUGGAAUGUUCAUUGACAACAGCGAGCCUGAUCUGGAGGUGUGUGCUGCAUAGGAUUACUUGAAUAAACAGUGAAGAACAUUUCCAAGGACUAAAGCAUUUUAAAGUCCCAGCCCCUCACCAAGAAAGUAAUAUAUGUGCAUUGGACUUUCACCCACGUAAAAUUUACUUACAUCGCUCAAUAAGUAACAGAAGCUACAUUGUGACAAGACCUCAACACUGCUGACCAUGAUCAGCCCAGCCUGGAGCCUCCUCCUCAUCGGGACUAAAAUUGGGCUGUUCUUCCAAGUGGCACCUCUAUCAGUUAUGGCUAAGUCCUGUCCACCUGAGUGUCGCUGUGAUGCGGGUUUCAUUUACUGUAAUGAUCGCUCUCUGACGUCCAUUCCGAUGGGAAUUCCGGAGGAUGCUACAACUCUCUACCUUCAGAACAACCAAAUAAACAAUAUUGGGAUUCCUUCAGAUUUGAAAAACUUACUGAAAGUAGAAAGAAUAUACCUAUACCGCAACAAUUUGGAUGAAUUUCCCACCAAUCUUCCAAAGUAUGUAAAAGAGUUACACUUGCAAGAAAAUAACAUAAGGACCAUCACUUACGAUUCGCUUUCAAAAAUUCCAUAUCUAGAAGAACUACAUUUAGAUGAUAACUCAGUCUCUGCUGUUAGCAUCGAGGAGGGGGCAUUUCGCGACAGCAACUAUCUCCGGCUGCUUUUUCUGUCCCGGAACCACCUUAGCACAAUUCCGUGGGGUUUGCCCCGGACUAUAGAAGAGUUACGCCUGGAUGAUAAUCGCAUAUCUACUAUUUCAUCACCAUCACUUCAAGGUCUCACUAGCCUGAAACGCCUGGUUUUAGAUGGAAAUUUGUUGAACAACCAUGGUUUAGGUGACAAAGUUUUCUUCAACUUAGUUAAUUUAACAGAACUCUCCCUGGUGCGGAAUUCUUUGACUGCUGCGCCAGUAAACCUUCCAGGCACAAACCUGAGGAAGCUUUACCUUCAAGACAACCACAUCAAUCGGGUACCACCAAAUGCUUUCUCUUACCUAAGGCAGCUGUAUCGACUAGAUAUGUCCAAUAAUAACCUAAGCAAUUUACCUCAGGGUAUCUUUGAUGAUUUGGACAACAUAACCCAACUGAUUCUUCGCAACAACCCCUGGUAUUGUGGGUGCAAGAUGAAAUGGGUACGGGACUGGUUACAGUCACUACCUGUGAAGGUCAAUGUGCGUGGGCUCAUGUGCCAAGCACCAGAAAAAGUUCGUGGGAUGGCUAUCAAGGACCUCAAUACAGAACUGUUUGAUUGUAAAGACAGUGGGAUUGUAAGCACCAUUCAGAUAACCACUGCAAUACCCAACACGGUGUAUCCUGCUCAAGGACAGUGGCCAGCUCCUGUGACCAAACAACCAGAUAUUAAAAACCCCAAGCUCAUUAAGGAUCAGCGAACUACAGGGAGUCCCUCAAGAAAAACCAUAUUAAUUACUGUGAAGUCUGUCACCUCUGACACAAUUCAUAUCUCCUGGAAACUUGUUCUACCUAUGACUGCCCUAAGACUCAGCUGGCUUAAACUGGGCCAUAGCCCAGCAUUUGGAUCUAUAACAGAAACAAUCGUAACAGGAGAACGUAGUGAAUACUUGGUCACAGCCCUAGAACCAGACUCACCCUAUCGAGUAUGCAUGGUUCCCAUGGAAACCAGCAAUCUUUACCUAUUUGAUGAAACUCCUGUUUGCAUUGAGACCGAAACUGCACCCCUUCGAAUGUACAACCCAACAACCACCCUCAAUCGAGAACAAGAGAAAGAACCUUACAAAAAUCCCAAUUUACCUUUGGCUGCCAUCAUUGGUGGGGCUGUGGCCCUGGUGACCAUCGCCCUUCUUGCUUUAGUGUGUUGGUAUGUGCAUAGGAAUGGAUCUCUCUUCUCAAGGAACUGUGCAUAUAGCAAAGGAAGGAGAAGAAAGGAUGACUAUGCAGAAGCUGGCACUAAGAAGGACAACUCUAUCCUGGAAAUCAGGGAAACUUCUUUUCAAAUGCUACCAAUAAGCAAUGAACCCAUCUCCAAGGAGGAAUUUGUAAUACACACCAUAUUUCCUCCUAAUGGAAUGAAUUUGUACAAAAACAAUCACAGUGAGAGCAGUAGUAACCGAAGCUACAGAGACAGUGGGAUUCCAGACUCAGACCACUCACACUCAUGAUGCUGGAGGACCAUACCAGACUGCACUUCAGGUUUUCCAAACCUAAGAGAGGUGAUGGUAGAAACCCUGUUCUACUGCAAAACACUGGAAAAAGACUGAGAAAAGCAAUGUACUGUACAUUUGCCAUAUAAUUUAUAUUUAAGAACUUUUUAUUAAAAGUUUCAAAUUUCAGGUGACUGCUGCGAUUGAUGUAGUGGAGAUGCCUGAACACAAUUCUAUAUUUUAGUAUUUUUUAGUAAUUUGUACUGUAUUUUCCUUGCAAAUAUUGAAGUUAUAAACCAUUUACUUUGUGUUCUACUGAGUAAGAUGACUUGUUGACUGUGAAAGUGAAUUUUCUUGCUGUGUUGAACAAUCAGGACUGCGUUCACGUGAGAUCCUUGUAGUAUAAGCACAGGCCAUUUUUCACUUUGGUAUUAAUACAAUGUAAAAAAGAAACCUGGCUGAAUGAGAAAAUAAAUUUCAAAGAAUAGUUACAGAA